AUGUUUAGAGCAUCUAGAAAUGCCCACAAGGCGGUAUUUGGCGCUGCCCGCAGGGGUAUGGCGACCGGUCUGAGUGACCUCGUCUCGAUUCAGUUGCCUGCUUCUUCGUUUGAAGGUUAUGAAUUGGAUGUUCCUCUGUUGGAGUUCGAAACCGAAAAGGAAACUUUGCUUCAAAUGUACAAAGAUAUGGUAGUUAUUAGAAGAAUGGAGAUGGCUGCCGAUGCGCUUUACAAGGCCAAGAAAAUCAGAGGUUUCUGCCAUCUUUCUGUUGGUCAGGAGGCAAUUGCUGUUGGUAUUGAGAAUGCCAUCACCAAGCAAGAUUCGGUUAUCACUUCUUACCGUUGUCAUGGAUUCGCCUAUGUUAGAGGAGCUUCUGUCAAGGCUGUUUUGGGUGAGUUGAUGGGUAAACGUAGCGGUGUCUCGUACGGAAAGGGUGGUUCUAUGCACAUGUUCGCUCCAGGAUUCUACGGAGGAAACGGAAUUGUUGGUGCUCAAGUCCCAUUGGGAGCCGGAUUGGCUUUCGCUCACAAGUACCGUGGCGAGAAGAAUGCUACUUUUGACUUGUAUGGAGAUGGAGCUGCUAACCAAGGUCAAGUGUUCGAGGCAUACAACAUGGCCAAGUUGUGGGAUUUGCCUUGUAUCUUUGCUUGUGAGAACAACAAGUACGGUAUGGGUACGUCUGCAUCCAGAUCCUCCGCAUUAACUGACUACUAUAAGCGUGGACAAUAUAUUCCUGGUCUUAAGGUCAACGGUAUGGAUGUGUUGGCUUGUUACCAAGCUUCUAAAUUCGCCAAGGACUGGGCCGUCUCUGGAAACGGUCCUUUGGUGUUGGAGUACGAGACCUACAGAUACGGUGGUCACUCGAUGUCUGACCCUGGUACCACCUACAGAACCAGAGAGGAGGUGCAACACAUGAGAUCGAGAAACGACCCAAUUGCCGGCUUGAAGGCCACGUUAUUGGACCUCAAUGUCGCUUCCGAGGACGAGAUCAAGGCGUGGGACAAGGAUGCCAGAAAAUACGUCGAUGAACAGGUUGCUGAGGCUGAAAAUGACGCUCCUCCAGAGGCCAAGAUGAGCAUUUUGUUCGAGGACAUCUACGUUCCUGGCUCUGAGGUCAAGGAGUUGAGAGGAAGAAUUUCCGACGACACCUGGAACUUUGAGAAGAACGACUUUUCCAACAGGGUUUACUAA